AUGUCGUCGUCGUCCACGGCAGCGAACGUCUCCGAUCGUCCGAUCUCUCCGGACACCACCCGCGUGGCCUGGGUGGGGACGGGCGUCAUGGGCCAGUCCAUGGCUGGACACCUCCUCUCCGCCGGCUACGCUCUCACCGUCUUCAACCGCACGGCAUCCAAGACCCAGGGCCUCGUCUCCAGCGGCGCCAGCCUCGCGGACAGCCCCCGCGCGGCCGCCUCGGCUGCCGAUGUCAUCUUCCUCAUGGUCGGCUUCCCCUCCGACGUCCGCUCCACCGCCCUCGAUCCAUCCACCGGCGCCCUCUCUGGCCUGGCCUCAGGCGGCAUCCUCGUCGACAUGACCACCUCCGACCCCACUCUCGCCGCCGAGAUAGCCGCGGCCGCUGCCGCCUCCGGCUGCUCGGCCGUCGACGCCCCCGUCUCCGGCGGCGACCGAGGGGCCCGCAACGCCACCCUCUCCAUCUUCGCGGGCGGCGACGCCGCCGUCGUUGCUCGCCUGGCGCCGCUCUUCAAGCUCAUGGGGGAACGCGCUGGCAUGGUGUACGCGCACAAGGCCGGGCUGGACGUGGCCAAGUGGCUGGAGGCCAUCUCCACCGGCGCGGCGGGGUCCAAGUCGCUGGAACUGUACGGGAAGCGGAUCCUGGAGAGGGAUAUGGCGGCUGGCUUCUAUGUCCGGCACUUCGUGAAGGACCUCGGUAUCUGCCUGUCGGAAUGCCAGGCCAUGGGGCUGUCGCUGCCGGGGCUCGCGCUCGCGCAACAGCUGUACGUGUCGCUGAUCGCGCACGGCGAGGGUGGGCUCGGUACACAGGCGCUCAUACUGGCCGUCGAGCGGCUGAACAACACCAGCCUCGAGAAGAAGGACGAAUGA